AUGUUUGGCUUCAUGUGGAAAAUCUUUCUUUGCCUUCCGGGAGUGAUUAACACAGAUCAUCAAAUAGUUGCAGCAGAAGCUUAUUCAGCUGUAGGAGCAGGACACGCUAAAGAUGUUUCAACAGCCCCUCAGCUGAGUGACUGGCAGUUAGCAAACCCCUCUCUGCCUCCUGGGUUGAAAAAGCCUAAUCAUGACUUCAUGAAUGCUGAGCAGUUCCACAGGCAUUUGCAGUUACGAAGGAAGCGGUCCAUUCUGUUUCCCAGUGGAGUUAAGAUCUGCCCUGAUGAAUCUAUUGAGCAGGCUAUUGCCAACCAUCUGAAGUACUUCAGGCUCAGAGUGUGCCAGGAAACAGUCUGGGAGGUCUUCAAGACAUUUUGGGACAGACUGCCAGAGCGUGAAGAAUACAACACCUGGAUGAGCCUGUGUGAGGAAGGCAUGAUGAGUAUCUUUGAAAUGGGCACCAACUUCAGUCAGUCUGAGGAGCACCGGAGCCUGAUCAUGAAGAAACUGGCCUAUACAAAGGAAGCAAUGGGCAGUUCCUGUGCUGAUUGGUCAUGUGGCCAAGAUGAUCCAGGAAAUCACUCAUGCAGUGGGACUCCUACUCCACCUUUGGAUGCUGAUGUUACCACACUGAGAGAUGCAGCUGCCAAUGUUCUUCCCCCUCAUGAGGUCUCCAUCGAGAGUCCUGCGGGUGAUACCAUCCAUGACACUGUAGACACCACUAUCAAUAAUGAGAUAAAGAAGCAGGAUGAAAAGCUAGUCAGACCUGUAACUGAGCAGAUGAUUGAGUUCAACAUUUUGAUUGUUAGUGAAGAGUACAGUGAGGAGCUGAAGGACCCAUCUGCUGCUGAGUAUCAACUGCUGUCUGAACAAUUCAUUUCUCAGAUUAAAAGAGUAUUUGAAGGACUACCUGGAUACAAAAACAUCCAUAUCCUGGAUUACAGCCCUUCUGAGGAAGACAGUGGGGUGGAAGUUCACUAUGCUGUCACAUUUGAUGGAAAAGCCAUCAGCAAUGCCACCUGGGACCUGAUUAACCUUCAUUCAAACAAGGUGGAGGACAACUCCUUCAUGGGCAUAGAGGAUAAUCCAACAGCUGUGUACACCAUCAGUGAUUUCCGAGAUUAUAUUGCUGAGAUCCUCCAGAAAAAUGCUCUGCUUGAAAAUGCUUCCAUCUCUUUAGACCCAAACUCUCUUCAGCUUACUAAUGUGAAGGAAAUACUGCACCCCACAUCAGAAGAUGCAUCCUGGAUUACUGAGCAUCCAGUUGUGCUGGAGCGCCCAGAGUUCGAUGAUGGCACCUUUUUAGCUGAACGUCCUUCAGCAGAUGAGUCAACUGUCAGCAAUGCCUUGCCCUUGGAUUACAUCAAACCAGAUUCCACCUCAGACAGUGAGCAGCCCAGUGACAAUGAAAUCCAGCCAAGACCAGGGAACAUUGACUAUGAGGCUGGUUUGGCACCUGAAGCUCCACUUUCCUCAGAGGUUGAUGUCACUUCUUUGCCUGAUGGGCUGAAUUUAGACACUUCUUAUUUAGUCACUGUACCAGUGUUAGAGCAUGAUUCUAUGGACUCUCUGGAAUGGCUUUCAGCUCCCAGUUCUUUAGAUGACACUGGAAUAUCUGAAGAACUUUUGCCUUUAAGUCCUUCUCACCUUGUGCCUGAAGAAUCUCCAUCUACUGAUGACUAUGCAGUUCCUCUGCUUUCUGCACCAACAGUGGCCUCUUCAUCAGUCGUAGAGACUGAUAUCAAAGAGAAGGAAGAAGUAAUCCAAGGUAGUCCUGAGGGCAGUGACAGUGCAGACUCUGUGGAAGAAAUUCCUUUCCCCUUAGAAGUGCCCCCUAUGGAAGAUGAAACUGAUAUAUUUCUUGGAGAUAGAAUUAUAUAUGAUGAUGGGUCUGGUUCAGCUUUUGAUGGCUCAGGAAAAGAAAUGGAGUCAAGUAUCUGGCCUUGGGAAGAAGCAACCCUGGAACCAGUUUUCUACCCUGGUCCUGAUAGCUGGCUUGAAGAUGACAAUGAGUCUUUAUUAAUCAAAACUGAGGAUAUUCCUGAAGGCAUGAUUUUAGACUAUAUUCUUAACUCUGGGAAUAAAUUAGAUUAUGAUCUUUCCAAAGAUGAGAAUGAAGGGAAAGUCAAUAUAAAAGAUUUCCUUGAUGAGUCUGAAAUAUUUGUCUUUCCAGAGACUACAACUUCGCAAGUACCUCUGUUACAGACAGAAGAGCCAUCAUCCCUGGAACCAUCUACACAGACAGAAACACUGGGCAUGUAUGAUUCUUCUUUUGUCAUGCCAACUGGAGAGGCCCCUGUCUCACCACCGUAUACAGAUCUGUCUGUGGAAGAUAGUCUCCAUACAUCUACAGGGAUUGUCAACAUGGAGCAACCUGAGGAGUCUAGUGUAGGCCAGAACAUAAUCCCUGACUUAGUUAAAUACCAAAGUGAAGACAGGGCAGUGGUAGAAGAACUAUUCACAGUGGAGCAGCCAGAUGUAAUGGAAGCUGCUACAAUAGGACACUUGGACACAAUCUCUUUAGAAACUCUUCUGACUGCAGAUCCCUCUGUGGUAAAGCCUGAUGCUUCCACAGAAGAGCAGCAAGCCCUCGAUUCAUCACUGGAAGACCAAGACACUCCUGGAUCAGCAGUGAAGGAACCAGAUGAUGUUUGGCCUACUGACAGGGCACUAGAAACCUCCUUAGAUCAGACAGUGCAACCAGCAGUGCCAGCAAUUACUCAAGGUUCAGCUGCAGUUCCUUCUGCAAAUCACACUACCAUCCCAGAGGACUUUGCUGGACAGGAUGGUACAGACCAUGACACACGUACUUCCAUGAGCUUCAGCACUGUUAUGGAUUAUCAAACGGUGAGUGUAACAACGAGCACCAUAGAGCUUCCAUCCCAUCUGCCUCCUGUGGGAUCCACACCAUCAUUGGCUACCUCAACAAAGCUGGGAGAUGAAACAACAAGAGUCCUGGAUGUUUCAGUAGACCUGGGUCAGGUUAGCACUGUCCACUUUUCUCCUGAGAGGACUGAGGAAGGAAGGAGAAUGACUGAAAGUCACAUCGAGCUAACUACUCAUGUCCAGUCCACAGAGAUGGCCAGUGUGGCUUGGGCCACACAUGAAACUCACUAUAGUAGUACCGUCCCAUCCCGAGCUCUAGUUGUGUUCUUCAGUCUUCGGGUUACCAACAUGAUGUUUUCAGAGGACCUGUUUAAUAAAAACUCCCCUGAAUACAAAGCCUUGGAGCAGCGAUUCUUGGAACUGCUGGUGCCCUAUCUUCAGUCAAAUCUGACAGGAUUCCAGAAUCUGGAAAUCCUGAACUUCAGAAAUGGCAGCAUUGUGGUGAACAGUCGAAUGAAAUUUGCCAAACCUGUGCCGCGGAAUGUCACCAAUGCUGUGUACAUGAUCCUGGAAGAUUUCUGCAACACUGCAUAUCACACCAUGAACCUGGCCAUUGAUAAAUACUCCCUGGAUGUGGAAUCAGGCGAACAAGCAGAUCCCUGCAAGUUCCAGGCCUGCAAUGAGUUCUCAGAAUGCUUAGUAAAUCGCUGGAGUGGGGAAGCUGAGUGUGUCUGCAAUCCUGGCUACCUCAGCAUUGAUGGGCUGCCAUGCAACAGCAUUUGUGAUCUGCAACCAAACUUCUGCCUGAACGAUGGCAAGUGUGAUAUAAGCCCUGGGCAAGGGGCCAUCUGUAGGUGCCGUGUGGGAGAGAACUGGUGGUACAGAGGGGAGCACUGUGAGGAAUACGUCUCUGAGCCCUUGGUUGUGGGUAUUGCAAUUGCUUCUGUGGCAGGAUUCCUUCUAGUGGCAUCUGCUGUCAUCUUCUUCUUGGCCAGGACCCUUCGAGACCAGUACACAAAGAGUGAUACUGGGGAGUCCCAGGGGCAGGGUGACAGCCUCUCGUCCAUUGAGAAUGCAGUUAAAUACAACCCCAUGUAUGAAAGUGACACGACUGGCUACAGCCAUUAUUACCGGAGAUACCCGCAGCUAACGUCCUACAGUUCCACCAGUGCAGAGACAUCCACAGACUACAGCAGUGAAGAGAUCAGGCACAUUUAUGAAAACAGUGAGCUUACUAAGGAGGAAAUUCAGGACAGAAUUCGAAUUAUAGAGCUCUACGCUAAAGAUCGCCAGUUUGCAGAGUUUGUUAGGCAGCAUCAAAUCUGUGUGUCCCCUGUAUUUCAAAAGCAAGAUUCAGGCAGCACAAGGGUUCAAACCACUAAAGUUCAGUUUGAAAGUUCAGGCUGUCCGGGUUCUGCAACGGACUUUGUGGGAACACAUCUGUCCUACUAUCCUAAAGUUCAGGAAUUCAAACGCAGCUUCCCUUGCCCCAAGCGGCAGUGCCUGGGCAGCGGUGCUGGCCCACUACAGCCCCGAGACUGCUGUGGGGUCCCUGUCUGA